UCCUGGGCUCAGAUGUGAGAGGAUGGAGCUGCAGGAGGAGGGAGGCCUGAAGGAGCUGGUGCUGCUGUGGUUCACUCAGACGCAGGCUCAGCUCAUCCUCAACCAAGGAAACUUCCCCGACUGGUUUCAAGGCUUCGCUGCCAGAAAGGAAGCAGAGGAUCUUCUGAGAGAUAAACCUCUGGGCUGUUUUCUCGUCCGCCUCAGUGAAAAAGCCGUCGGCUACAUCUUGUCCUACAGGGGCCACGACAGGUGCCGCCAUUUUGUCAUCGCCCAGAAUCCCGAUGGGCAGUUUGUCAUAUCAGGGGACUGUCAGACUUUUCCCAGCCUGACGGAGCUGAUAGAUCAUUACAGGCUCAGCCCCAUCCAGCCGUUUGGAGAACACCUGACCUGCAGCUGUUGUGAGGAAGGGGAACUGUACGAUGUGGUGAACUACAAAACCAAAGAGAACACGUCUGGGCUGAGCGUCCAAGCUCUGCGGAUCCUGUGGGACCAGAAAAGUCCCCAUCACGGCGCCACCAACAGGAAGCAGAGGGCACAGCAGCAACAUGAGCCUGUCACAGUGCAGCCACCGGCCCUUCCAACUAAAUCUAAGAGCAGACAACUGACAGAAACAAUGACAGACACAACGUCCCUCUCUCAGGUUGCACCUCCAGUACCAAAGAGAAGCUUUCCUCCGGGCUUCUCUCUGGGCGGAUCUCUCCCUGAAACCACGUCACAUCAGAGUGAAGCCCAGAGCAGCUCCACCAGAGCAGAGGGACCGGGAGGAAACUCAACCACAGACUCAUUCAACACAACCUCUCCAGCAGGGAACACAUCUUCUGAGAGGAGGAGCAAGUCUCUACCACAGCUGGAGAGCCGCAGGUCACCUGCCCCACCUACUCCCUCCACGACCCCGGGGCCCAGAGGCCCAGCCCUCCCGGGCCGCCCCUUGUACCAGGCGUCCGAGGGCCAGACAGACGUCACGUAUGCUCAGGUCGCUGAGAGGCCGACUCCCAGCAGUCUACCUGAUGACACCUACGAGCAGAUCCCCAGGGAGGCCGUCCGUCCGUCCACCGUCCACAGCAACACCUACGAGUCUCUGGAUGACAUGAAGACCAAGAAGUCCAAAAGCUCCUGGGGGAAGAACGAAGGGGAACUGUACGAUGUGGUGAACUACAAAACCAAAGAGAACACGUCUGGGCUGAGCGUCCAAGCUCUGCGGAUCCUGUGGGACCAGAAAAGUCCCCAUCACAGCGCCACCAACAGGAAGCAGAGGGCACAGCAGCAACAUGAGGCUGUCACAGUGCAGCCACCGGCCCUUCCAACUAAAUCUAAGAGCAGACAACUGACAGAAACAGGGACAGACACAACGUCCCUCUCUCAGGUUGCACCUCCAGUACCAAAGAGAGGCUUUCCUCCGGGCUUCUCUCUGGGCGGAUCUCUCCCUGAAACCACGUCACAUCAGAGUGAAGCCCAGAGCAGCUCCAUCAGAGCAGAGGGACUGGGAGGAAACUCAACCACAGACUCAUUCAACACAACCUCUCCAGCAGGGAACACAUCUUCUGAGAGGAGGAGCAAGUCUCUACCACAGCUGGGGAGCCGCAGUGAGCAGGAGGAGGAGGAGGAGGAGGAGGAGGAGCAGGAGGAGCAGGAGGAGGAGGGAGAGGAGGAGGAGGAGCAGUACUCUAACCACCUCACAUCCACAUUGUCUUAUUCACCCACUCCUGUGAAGAGGGUCACCUGCCCCACCUACUCCCUCCACGACCCCGGGGCCCAGAGGCCCAGCCCCUCCAGGCCCCGCCCCUUGUACCAGGCGUCCGAGGGCCAGACAGACGUCACGUAUGCUCAGGUCGCUGAGAGGCCGACUCCCAGCAGUCUACCUGAUGACACCUACGAGCAGAUCCCCAGGGAGGCCGUCCGUCCGUCCACCGUCCACAGCAACACCUACGAGUCUCUGGAUGACAUGAAGACCAAGAAGUCCAAAAGCUCCUGGGGGAAGAACAACAAGAAAUGGAAGAAAUUCCUCCCUGAAAGCAAGAAGAAAUAAAUGUGAAUCUGUGUUUGUUUUACAUUUGGAGAAACAAGACAAAAAUAAAAUGAGUCUUACAAACAUUUCUAAUAAUCCAAGUUUUAAAGUGAAGAUUCAGAUGUUUAAGGAUGAUACAAAUUCCAGUCUGUUUAAAUUCAGCCUCAGUUUUUAUUCAUGGUCGUUUUCUGUUGUGCACUAAAGAUUUGAAACAAACUGUUCAAACCUUAUUUUUCUAUUAAUUAAUUUGAACUUUUCUUUUUAUUCGUUAACAUUGUUUUUACCACUUUUUAUCAAAAGAUUUCAUUGCUUUAAAACCUUUAUAGUCUUAAAAUGUUCUGUUGAUAAACAUCUCUUCUGUUUUUCUUGUAAAACACUUUGAGCUGCAAUUUAUUCUAUAAAAUGUGCUGAAUAAAUUAAGUUUAUCAUCAUCA